UUUGUUUACGUUCUCAAUCUAAGCAUGUUAUUUUCCUUUAUUGCUUAAUUUUGAAUUACUCAAUGUCCGAUAACUGGUAAGCGAAGACAACAAGCUCUGACUCAAUAGCUGCCACUAGGCUUUGGAAAAAUAUGUGCUAGUCCUACGUACAUCUCUGAUAGUGUGGUAUUUUGUUCGAGAACACCAGCCCCAUCGUUGUUGAGUUAGUUUAAUUCAGCAGCUCAAACCUGUCGCAAGUAUGACCAUCAACAACUUGAUUUUACGAUUCUACAAGCAUCCAGGAUUUACACCGAGCAAACAGAAGGAGGUGUUAGUGCAGCUCCAGAAAGUUUCCGCAGCUGUUGAAGACCUAGAUACAGAACUGUGUUAUCAUGUCGAGGUCAGCAAGCCUUUGACUUCAGCGGAACUGAAGACUUUGCAAUGGAUCCUGCAAGAUUCGUUGGCACCAGCCAAACUAUCCGAGAAAAGCUUGGUAAAACCCUCUGCCAAUCAAGUGCUGAUCGAGGUGGGCCCCAGAUUCAACUUCUCCACGGCCUACUCCACAAAUGCUGUGUCAAUUUGCCAAAAUGUGGGGCUAAGCCAGAUCGUUCGCCUGGAAGUCUCCAGAAGAUAUUUACUUAAUCACAGACCAAAUGUGCAAGUUGCCCCAGAACUAUUCACCAAAUUGGCAUCUUCCCUUUUCGAUCGCAUGACCGAAUGUCUAUACACUCCCGAGAACCUGCCGAAAAACAGCUUCAACGAAAAGCUCAAGAAAAAGGAAAACAUCAAGGAAAUCGACAUACUGCAAAGAGGAGCCGAUGCUCUGAAAGAAAUAGACCGUGAACUAGGUCUAGCUUUCGAUGAAGCAGAUCUGGCAUACUACACGAAUCUUUUCAAAAAUGUCUUGAAGAGAAACCCCACAAAUAUUGAGUGCUUCGAUUUGGCACAGUCGAACAGCGAGCACAGCAGGCAUUGGUUUUUCAAGGGGAAAAUGAUUGUGGAUGGUGUGGAGUAUGAAGAAUCGCUGAUUGAUAUGAUUAUUGAGACGCAGAAACACUCAAACCCCAAUAAUGUUAUCAAGUUCAGCGACAACAGCAGUGCAAUCAGAGGAUAUAUCCAUCGCAGUUUACGACCAGCUAGUGCGGGUUCGGUCAGCGAGUUGCGUCAAGUUCCAUCAGAAUCCCAUCUGAUAUUCACAGCAGAAACGCACAAUUUUCCCACUGGAGUGGCUCCGUUUAGUGGGGCAACUACAGGCACGGGAGGACGCAUUCGAGAUGUCCAGAGCGUCGGAAGAGGAGGAUACUGCAUUGCUGGCACUGCCGGAUACUCCGUUGGGAACCUGCACAUACCGGAUUAUCAGCAACCGUGGGAGGACGAAAACUUCCAAUAUCCUUCAAACUUCGCUUCCCCAUUAGAAGUGCUGAUUCAAGCCAGCAACGGAGCCUCGGACUAUGGGAACAAAUUUGGCGAGCCUCUUAUUAGCGGCUUUGUACGCUCGUUUGGGCUUCACGAUGCAACUGAAAGAAGGGAGUGGAUCAAGCCAAUAAUGUUCAGCGGUGGGAUCGGAAGCAUGGAGGCAGACAUGACCGAAAAGUUACCACCCGAAAUAGGCCAUCAAAUCGUGAAGAUUGGCGGCCCGGUAUACAGAAUAGGCGUCGGUGGGGGCGCAGCCAGUUCUGUAGAGGUGCAAGGCGAUAACAAAGAAGAGCUCGACUUCAAUGCGGUUCAAAGAGGCGACGCUGAAAUGGAAAACAAACUGAACCGCGUUGUAAGAGCUUGUUUGGAACUGGGGAAGAAUAACCCCAUUAUUAGCAUCCAUGAUCAAGGAGCGGGCGGUAAUGGAAACGUGCUAAAAGAGCUGGUGGAACCGGCAGGAGGCACAAUAUACGCAAACCGAUUUGAACUUGGCGAUCCCACAAUUAAUCUCUUGGAACUGUGGGGCGCUGAAUACCAGGAGAACAACGCCCUAUUAUGUGCCAAAAGCAAUUUGGAGGUUUUGCGGACGAUUUGCCAACGAGAGAGGUGUCCUUUAAACAUUGUCGGAGAAGUAACCGGCUCUGGCUCAGUAGAAUUAGCCCUUGAUGAAUCCAAAUCGCUGGUUCCUUUCAACCUCAAGCUGGACCAUGUACUGGGAAAGAUGCCCAGGAAGGUGUUCAAGUUGGAAAGGAAAACACCACUCUUAAAUCACCUUAAAUUGCCUACCGCAACGUCCAUCUAUCACUGCCUUGAGAAGGUCUUGCGACUACCAUCGGUCGGGAGCAAACGAUAUCUCACCAACAAAGUUGAUAGAUGCGUUACGGGUUUGAUCGCUCAACAACAAUGCGUCGGGCCUUUGCAUACUCCUCUAGCAGAUGUGGCCGUUACCGCAAUAUCUCACUUUGGAUAUGAGGGAAUUGCGUCGUCUAUUGGAGAGCAGCCCAUAAAGGGCCUCAUCAACGUCGAAGCUGGAGCGAGGAUGUCAGUUGUUGAAGCCAUAAGCAACUUGGUGUUUGCUGGCAUUACUGAUCUUAAGGACGUGAAAUGCAGCGGAAAUUGGAUGUGGGCAGCUAAACUGCCGGGCGAAGGGGCCGCUCUAUACGAUGCCUGUAAGGCCAUGUGUAGCUUGAUGUCGGAAUUAGGGAUUGCUGUUGACGGUGGCAAAGACUCCCUUAGCAUGGCUGCUAGAGCGGGGAAAGACACUGUAAAAGCUCCCGGGACUUUGGUGAUUUCUACGUACGCCCCUUGUCCCGAUAUUAGAAAGGUGAUUACUCCUGAUUUCAAAGCGCCCUCAAUGGGCAAGCAAGGCGUGCUGCUGUUCGUAGAUAUUUCUCGCGACGCCAAUCGCUUAGGAGGAUCAGCGCUCGCUCAAUGUUGCAAACAACUGGGAAACAACGUUCCUGAUUUACACUCAGCCAAAGACUUGAAAAAUGCCUUCGCUGCCACUCAGGAACUGAUCAAAGAUGGGGCGGUGCUGGCCGGCCACGAUGUUAGUGAUGGAGGACUGAUUGUGACUCUAUUGGAGAUGUGUUUUGCUGGAAUGAGCGGGAUGAAGGUUCAUGUCAAGCACAGACAAGGCAAACCGAUAGAGGUUUUAUACUCAGAAGAAGUCGGCUGGGUGCUGGAAGUCCUGGAAAAAGACGUCGGGUAUUGCAUGUCGGUGUUUCAAGGCUACCACGUGCCAGUAUUUGACAUCGGAAGGAGCGUCGGUUAUGGGAUCAAGUCGGAAAUUACCAUAGCAGUUAACAACGCGACCCUGGAAAGCACAGUCUUACCGCUGAUGCGAAGAUGGGAAGAAACCAGUUAUAGACUGGAGCUAAGGCAAACAAUCAAAGAAUGUGCCGACUCAGAAUUCGCCUCGUUAGCGACGAGAACUGGGCCCAAAUACUUAUUAACUUUUGAUCCAGAUUUCGAGAACGUGUUCCGGGCUGAAAAAAUAUCUGUAGCCGUCAUACGGGAAGAAGGUAUCAACAGCGAUAGGGAAAUGGCCGCAGCUUUAGUUCGCGUAGGGUUCAAAGUAUGGGACGUUACAAUGCAAGAUCUACUAACUGGAGCUGCCACUCUUAAUAUGUUUAGGGGCGUUAUAUUCCCGGGCGGGUUUAGCUAUGCUGAUGUAAUGGGUUCCGGCAAGGGCUGGGCGGCGAGUAUUCUCUUCCACGACAAGGUCAAAGAACAAUUUACAACGUUUUUCAACAGACCGGAUACAUUCAGUUUGGGCGUAUGCAAUGGGUGCCAAUUGAUGGCUCUUAUUGGCUGGGUUGGCACACCAUUAGCAAACGAGUUCGCGAUUCCCGAUAUAACUCUGGAGCAUAACAAGUCUGAAAGGUUCGAAUGCAGGUGGAGCACAGUGAGAAUAGAGAAAUCUCAGGCCAUUAUGUUGAAAGACAUGGAGAAAUCCGUUCUAGGUGUUUGGGUGGCACAUGGUGAAGGGCGGUUUGCCUUCAAAGACAAUACAAUCUAUAAUAAGUUGGUGAAAGAUGGACUGGUCGCUUUGAGGUACGUGGAUGAUAACAGUCUGCCCACUGAGGUGUAUCCAAUGAAUCCCAAUGGAAGCCUAGAAGGUCUAGCAGGCGUUUGUUCUCCGAAUGGAAGGCACUUAGCCAUUAUGCCGCAUCCUGAAAGAUGUGUGCAGCCUUUCCAAUGCCCGUAUAUGCCGAGGGAAUGGAUCCACUAUCAAAAGAGCCCUUGGGAAAAGAUGUUCAAGAAUGCCUUCGAUUGGUGCACGAACAAUAAAUGCCUUAUGGUCUACCACUAACCAACUGGCCUGCCAAGCAAGUGGUUGGAGUUUUUAAAUAAGUGCAAUUGCGCAAAUGGCCUUAAUAUAUAUAUAGUUAUUUGUUGAUCA